ACAAUGCUUAGCUGUGGCAUGCUUUUACUGUGCUUUAUUACACUGUGCUGUGCUUUUACGAUGGGUAAGGGUUUAUGAAAAGGUAUAAUGGACUCGGAUUCUUUUCCACCCUUCAAAAUUAACUUGAAAACAUAUUUAUACAGUUUGGCCUUUGCAGCUGCUUAGGCCUGUAUCUUAAUUGUGUUAGUGUAGUUCUGUAUUGAGUAUGUACAGCGCUCUGAAGCGUGUCUCACAUGAAAACUCUCUAUAAUAUAAGAGGGUUGUGGUUUCUUUAGUACAGAGACUGUGGUUUCUAACCUGGGCAGGUGCCUUCUCCAAGGAUGCGGCUCCUUUAAGAGACUGUAAACAGCAGGUUUGCACAAGCAGGUGUGUCUCUGCAACCUGCCCUGCUGCUGGCAUCACCUGCGCAAGAGCAAUACCUGGGAUUCGCUGCACUUUGAGCCAUAACCACGCCACAGACACCAGCGCAGUGGAGCACCGGGAGCCAGCCUGCCUGCCUGCCUGCCUGCCUGAGAGACCAGGCUGGACUUCAUAGACCUUCUGAUCAGAAGGUUGGAGAAGGGAUUUGAAGACCUAAUCAGAUGAGAGAGAGAGAGAGAGAGAGAGAGAGAGAGAGAGAGAGAGAGAGCACAGAUAAUCCACUGCCAGGCUCCAUCUUACUGACUGCAGCUGGAGGAGAGAAGGAGAGAGGAGGGGAGUCACCUGUAGAUGCUGCCCAGGAAACAGGACUUCAUUCUUAGUGUGAAGCCAGAACACAUGAGCGCGAGCCAGUGAAGGAGGGAGGAGGCAGACAAGCCGAGAGCCGUGCGAUGAACAGUGAGGUCUGACUGAGGAAGGGGGGAGCGAGAGACGGAGAUAGAGAGAGAGAGAGACGUAGGCCCAUAACUUCUGUCCUACAGAGAAGCUGCAGUCUCGAUGGCAGGGCGGGGGCGUCGCCUCUCUGAUAACUCCCUGAUGGAGGUCUGGCCCGAUGCUGGCUCUGUCUCCGGCUGUGUCUGCGGCUUCUUCCCUCUGUCCAAGAGCUCCUCGGCUGUGCUGCAGGGCCCUGAGAGCUCAGAGCAGCUCCUGGGAACCAGGGCCGCCCUGCACAAGAGCCUGACCUGCGCGGUGUGCCACCAGCAAAGAGUGCUAGAGGGCAGCAGAGAGCCAACAGCAGCAGCGCUGCUUCAAGAGCAGAGGGAGCUGGAGAGCAGCAUCCAGCCCAGCCACGCCUGCCUGGGCCUGGGGCCCUGCCUUCAGAAAGGCCAAGGCUGCUCCAAUGUGCUGUGCAAGGAUGCCGGCCUGCUUCAGCGGCAGAGCAGUGCUGACCCCACCUGCAGGGGGGGCCCUGACAUCACCACCCCCUCACAGAGCCCGGUGAUCUGUGUGGAGGGCAGCGAAGACAGUGAGGGCCUGGGACAAGGGGACAGGGGUGUCCAGUCUCACUGCCACACUCGUUGCAGGGACUCCUUCCUCGGUCACAGGUUCCAGGACCCCUUUGCUGCCUACUGCCACCCCCUGCCUCUGCCCAGCCCAGCCCAGCUGCUCCCGUAUGUGCCCGGCUUGGACAGGGGGUGCUGCCCCCCCCACCCGUCCCCCAGCUCCCUGUCCUUCCCCCGACUUAUCUCAUCUAUCAGCGAGACUGGCCUUGACUCCCAUUGGCUGCGGCAGUGCUGCCCGGACCUUGGAGCCUCUGGUCAGGGGACUCCCGUCCCCUACCCCCUGCCCUGCCCCUUCCCUGCCCCCUCCUCCUCCUCCUACCACUACUCCUGCCCCCUACAAGAGGGGGGGUGCCACUACAGGGCUGGGGGCCGGAGCACCAAGGACGUGGGGACCAUGACCUCAGCAGGGGACCUGCCGUCUCCGUGGCAACGGGACACCGGGGUGCAGACUGGGGAAUCAGACUUUACUUACCUCUCUCAUGCCUCUCACAGGGAUCAUGUGUACCCCCAGGUCAGCCUCAACCAGCAGCAGGGCUCAGAGAAGGGAAGAUCCCCGGUGACUGAGGGACAGAGAGAGGGGCAGGGGUCAAAGAGAGAGGGAGGGAGGGGAGGACAGGGAGCAGUAAAGGAGGGUGGAAGAAAGGGAGAGGAGGAGAGAGGGAGUAGAGCAAAGGGCAUAGAGAAGGAGGGAAGGAGGGGAGGGGAGGGACCAGGGAUGCAGGGAAAUAGGCAGGAUCAGUGCUCAGGGCAGGACUCGGGGCAGCGCUCCCCGGUGAAGGAGGUGGCCUGGGAUGCCGAGGGGAUGACCUGGGAGGUAUAUGGGGCCUCCGUGGACCCCGAGGUCCUGGGACUUGCCAUCCAGAAGCACCUGGAGCUGCAAAUCCAGGAGGCAGCCGGGCGAACCAGCAGACUGUCCCGGCAAAACACACAGGCCUCCCAGUGCUCCCAGCACUCCCAACACUCCCAGCACUCCCAACACUCCCAGCAAAGGCGGAAGUGGGGGAGCAGCCGGGGGGGCAGGGGGGUGAUGGCCUUGCUUCGGAAUCCAGGCUGCUGCACUCGCUCCAACACAGCUGCGGACUGAGAGACAAGCGCUGAAAUACCGCCCCCUACAGUACAUACACACCCACUGCAACUCUUCUUACUUCAAUUGCUCUAUUGAUUGACCUACAGCAACCAGCUUGUACUCAGGACAAGAGUACUCUACUGCACCCCUGACUGCAAUGCUAGCACUGAGCUGAGCUCACACUGCCCCCUACUGGACAUGCGCACUGCAGCACCGACAGAGACACAGAAACAAAUGAGGCCAUAACACUGUCAAUCACAUGUGAGGCCCAGGUGUUUGAACCGUUCCUGAGGGAAAGCUGACUAUUUCUCAGUGGUCACCAGCCUCUAGUUCCUUCAGGGAAGUUGUAUCGCACUGUUUCUGGGUUGCUGAAUGGCCCAUUUUGAGAUUUUUUUCCCCUCCUGAGACAUCAGUAAUUUGUGCAGUCCUGGAUAUAGAAGCCAGCUCACAGUUUGUGAGAGAGCCCUGCAAGACGUGCAAACUGCCGCAGCGUUUCUAUAGCAGGUGUCGGUGAUGCUGUGAGGGACAGUCCGUCUACAAAUGAGAAUCGGUCAGGGUUGGGGAUUUGUUUCUCCAGGGCACAGUUUGAUUGACCUGUACUCUUAUUGUCAAAGGGUGUUAAUCAAGGGUUUGAAAUCCCUGCCCAUUCCUCUUAUUAGCACUCGCAAUACCAUCACUAGCCUCCUUUUCUUCUGCUGAAAAACUUUUGUUUAUUUGCUUGUGUUUUUUCACUUCAGUUUGAAAUAGGCAGACAACACUACAGAUGCUGCUUCCUGGUACCUAGUCACUUGUUGUGUUGUAGUUCAAACUCCAGCCGUAGUUAGACCAUGUGACCCACAGCAAAGUUACCAGGAUGCAGCAGUGUCUGUAUUUGAAAUAUUUGUGUAUCCUGAAUCAUGAAUAAACAAGCAAAGAGCUAAAAGAUUCUUAGCACAAUAAAAAUGGCAAUAAGAAUGAUAGCACAGCCAGUAAGAGGUAAGAAAGGUGUCAACAGGGUCUUAAUGUUGUGUGAGUAGAAACACCCUGUGCCCUCUGCAUCACAGCGCCCCCUGUGUGUCUGGAGGCUCAGAGCUGGCUCAGAGACUCUGUUUAAAUGCAAUAACACCCCCAGUCCCCGCCAAAACACUGUCAACACGGCUGUGCUGUCUGUGGUCCUUCGCGGCUGGGUGACCCUUUAAAACGAUGCUGUGUGAUGCUGCUUAACGCUGGACCUCAGUAACAAUUUAAAUAUGUGCAUUGAAACCAGAGAGUCUGAAGCAAGCCUUUCAAGGGCAGGUCGGCUAGAUUCAUUCAUUAGAUCUUAGUCUUUUAGUUUCCAGUUUAACUGGGAAUUAUUAACACAGCCACUACAGUUAAACUGGGAAUUAUUAACAUAGCCAGUACAUUUAAACUGGGAUUUAAUAACACAACCACUACAGUUAAACUGGGAAUUAUUAACACAGCCAGUUCAGGUAAACUGGGAUUUAUUAACACAACCAGUACAGUUAAACUGGGAAUUAUUAACACAGCCAGUUCAGGUAAACUGGGAAUUAUUAACACAACCAGUACAGUUAAACUGGGAAUUAUUAACACAGCCAGUUCAGGUAAACUGGGAAUUAUUAACACAACCAGUACAGUUAAACUGGGAAUUAUUAACAUAGCCAGUUCAGGUAAACUGGGAUUUAUUAACACAACCAGUACAGUUAAACUGGUGAUCCACACAGCAUUUCUAAACUAUUCAGACUGUAUUCCUGUGAUUUGCUGCCAAACCUUCUUUUCCUUAUUCCAGCACUGAUUUAAAUGUUUUUAGCUUUUUUGUAUGUAUUUUUGAACUACUAUUAGUACAAACUCACAGUGAACUCAAUGUCUUGUCACUGAAGCGUGGACUCUCUUCACACGAAGAUCUGUUUCGUGUUUGUGUCUGUUUGUGCAUAGCAGGGAGAAUUUGGGUUUAGGCUAGGCUAAAACAAACCAAGCCCUAAUCUUAACCCUUGCUUAUCCCUUCCCAGAGGCAGCCGGAGUGCAUUUUGCCCAGCUCAUAUACAGUAUAUUUAAAAGGGAUUGAUGCUAACCACAGCUUUACAAUCAAAAUAUCAGCCCUGCUGAGAAUCACUUGCUUUUCCCUUUGACUCCAAUGAAGCUUAUUCAUCCUACCACAACACCAUCAUUUCACUUCCUGUGUUACUAGUAAAGAGAUCCGGUGUUGCACUCGCUGUACCUGGGGUUCUAAUUCCUGUAACACAGGAAGGAAGUGAAGGAGGAGGAUAACAGUGCUGUGAAAUAACCUUCCCACUCUGCCCAAGCACUGUCCUGUACAAGACAAUAAAUAAAAGCAGUUUUGCUGAGUCGCAUGCAGGGUGUAACAUCUCUUAUAAAAGUUUUCUUGAUAAUUCAUUUAGCAGUUUUCCUGUUUACAGAAUUUCCUUUGGUUAUACUUUGCAUGAUAUUUUUUUUACUAUGCUGUACCGCACCCCUCUGGGCUUUACCAUACUUUCACUGUGAUUUAUUACACUUUGCUGUGCUUUUACUGUGAGAAACUUGUAUAAGGGGUGUCUCUGUAUGGGGAGUGUUGUACAUUGUGGGAAUGAUUUACCCUACAUUCCUCAAGUUUUGGACCAAAAGUAAUAAUGAAACUGUAGACAAGGGCAAGGUGCAGCAUUGUCCAGUGACCCUGCCUGCGUGCGCUGUUGCAGCGCUGCUGUUUGGCACUGACACUAUUAUACCACAAAGAGACAUGCUUUGCCUUCUGGGAUGCACUGAAAUGGCAUUUCUGCAGUAUUCAACUUCUCUCUGUCAAUACACAGUGUAUAUUAGAUUUUUGUCAAAGCUGGUGCUAAGAAUGAGCUAUACGACUUGACCUUGGGGUGCUGUAGUUCAAUCAGGUUUUCUAAUGGUGCCAGUCAUGUGAGCAUUGCCCUCUGUACAGCACUGUUCUGUUUGCAGAUGACAAUGGGAGAAUGGGGACUGUCAGGAACCGAAUGUAUGGAGUGUCCAUGCAUCAUAUAUCAUGUAGAAUUUGCUCAGCUCCGAAAUAUAGUCUCUCUCUCUCUCUCUCUCUCUCUCUCUCUCUCUCUCUCUCUCUCUCUCUCUCUCUCUCUCUCUCUC